CUCAGUUGGGAAGCACGUGUCGCGUUUAAGCCGUCCGACUGACAAGAGUGAGAGGAAACCGCAGUGUGUUAAAUAGCCCUUGGAGAAUGGAAGGCUUGCUAGCGGAAUACACGUCGCGCAUUCAAGAGCAGGAAAGAGAAAUAAAGUCUCUUUGGUCUGAAAUUGAAUGUUUGAAGAACCCUGAUACACACAGCGUGUCUUCUCAUUUGGAUGACCUAAGGGAAGAAAACGCAAAAUUGAAGUACCGCGUGAAUAUUCUGAAAAAGAGUCUCCAAGAGGAAAAAAGCAAGUGUGGAAAAAGUAUGAUUAACAUUAAUCAGCAGCUGCAAGAGGUCUUUGGUCAGGCCAUUCAGGCGGCAUAUCCUGAUCUUGAAAACCCUGUUUUAUCUGUAACUCCAAAUCAGCAGCCAAAAUUUGGGGAUUAUCAAUGCAACAGUGCAAUGGCAAUAGCCCAGAUGCUCAAAUCAAAAGGCCAGAAGAUUGCUCCAAGAGACAUUGCUGAAAACAUUGUUAGAAACAUUCCUGUGAAUGAUUGGAUUCAAAAAAUGGAAAUUGCUGGACCAGGUUUUAUUAAUGUUCAUCUCAAGAGAGAGAUGAUAUCAAAGAACCUCACAAACCUCCUAUUAAAUGGUGUCCAGCCUCCUCCUGUUGGGCCAAGAAAAAGGGUGGUCAUUGACUUCUCUUCACCUAACAUUGCCAAAGAGAUGCAUGUAGGUCACCUUAGGUCAACAAUCAUUGGUGAAAGCAUGUCUCGGCUCUUUGAGUUUUUAGGGCACGGUGUUUUAAGGCUAAACCAUGUGGGGGAUUGGGGUACCCAGUUCGGUAUGUUGAUAGCACACCUUCAGGAGAAAUUUCCAAAUUACUUGACUGUAUCACCACCCAUUGGAGAUCUCCAAGCUUUUUACAAAGAAUCCAAGGCACGUUUUGACAAUGAGGAAGAGUUUAAGAAACGGGCAUACCAGUGUGUUGUGAAGCUACAAAGUAAAGAACCUGAUUUCAUUAAAGCUUGGAAUUUAAUUUGUGAUGUUUCAAGGAAAGAAUUCCAGAAAGUAUAUGAUUGUUUGGAUAUCACAUUAAUUGAAAGAGGCGAAUCAUUUUAUCAAGAUAUGAUGACAGCAGUGGUCAAAGAAUUUGAAGAGAAAGGGCUUGUUGAGGUCGAUGAUGGACGUAAAGUGGUGUUUCCCCCAGGUUGUAGUAUCCCUUUAACAAUAGAAAAAUCAGAUGGUGGAUAUACUUAUGACACUUCAGAUUUAGCAGCACUGAAGCAGAGAAUUUUUGAUGAAAAAGCAGAUAUUAUCAUAUAUGUCACAGACAGUGGACAGGCUGUGCACUUCCAGUUGGUGUUUGCUGCUGCCCAGAUGAUUGGUUGGUAUGAUCCCAAAAUAACACGAGUGGAACAUGCAGGUUUUGGAGUUGUAUUAGGUGAAGACAAGAAAAAAUUUAAAACCCGGUCAGGAGAUACAGUUCGCCUGAUGGAUUUGCUGGAAGAAGGCCUUAAAAGAUGCAUGGACAAGUUGAAAGACAAAGAAAGGGACAAGGUGUUAACACCUGAAGAACUGAACGCAGCCCAGAAAGCUGUUGCAUUUGGUUGCAUUAAAUAUGCCGAUUUGUCACAUAACCGAAUUAAUGAUUAUGUCUUUUCAUUUGACAAAAUGCUUGAUGAUCGUGGGAAUACAGCUGCCUAUUUACUAUAUGCUUUUACCAGGAUAAGGUCCAUCGCACGACUUGCCAACAUUGAAGAAUCUGCACUCCGCAAAGCAGCAGAGAACUGUGUGAUAGUCCUGGACCAUGAGAAAGAGUGGAAGCUCGGGAAAUGCAUUUUAAGAUUCCCCGAGAUCUUGCAGAAGAUUGUGGAUGACUUGCUCCUCCACACCCUUUGUGAUUAUUUAUAUGAGUUGGCUACCACCUUCACUGAAUUCUAUGAUAACUGCUACUGUGUUGAGAAGGACAGACAAACUGGUGAGGUGGUGAAGGUAAAUAUGUGGCGAAUGCUGCUGUGUGAAGCCACAGCAAGUGUCAUGGCAAAGGGAUUUGACAUUUUGGGACUUAAGCCAGUCCAGAGGAUGUAGCCCACCCUGUGUCUGCAUUCAGCAAAAGCCACUUUUUCAGUGAGAUUCUCUCCUCUUUUUAUAUUUGACAGAGUUUAUAUGGGGGCAGGAUCAUUUCAUUUAAAGGAAUAUGACUCUUAAUAAUGUACUGUAUUCUUUACAAAGCUCUGAAAUAAAAAGAUUUCUUUUCAGACA